AUGCCAGCUCGUAGUGUAAGGAGAAGAGUAUCGGCAGAGCCAAUAUUAUUUCGGACCCACGCCACCUACCAAAACCUGCGGCCACAAUUCAAAGAGACACAACUUAAUGCAAUUGAGUACUCUUCAGAGACCGCUCUUAGAGGUUUCAGUCAAGGCUUCCUCCUACAGUUUGCAGUGAAGAUUAUCCCGUCCCUACCCCGACUCCUGGGGAAACCUUCGAAGUUUUAUGACUUGCUGACCAACCCACACAACCUCCAGGCUGGCAUUUUCCUGGCUUGGUUUAUGUCUGUGUUUAAGGGGACAUGCUGCUUGGGACGCUGGUGGAGUGGAAAGGAUGAGGCAGCACACGGGGCAGUGGCAGGGGUGCUGUCUGCUCUCUCUAUGUAUUUCUACUCUGCCCCAUCACUAGCUCUGUACAUUAUGUGGAAGACCAUUGAGAGCAUAUACGAAAAAGGCUGUGAUGAUGGUUAUCUUCCUCGUAUCCCUGGCUCUGUGGAGUUUCUGUAUGCCGUGUGCACAGGGUACCUCUUCCACAGUGCUGUGUGGGAGAGCUUUAACAUGAAGCCUUCCUACUGGCGGUUUCUGGAUAGGCUGACAUGGAGCAGAAUGAGUGAAUACAACCGCCACCUCCUCACACCCUAUGGGCUGGAGAGCAGCAAAGAUUUUGCGAACUAUUGGCCGAAGUACCAUCUCGAUCACGUCACAGACAGUUUUAAGCAAGAGUUUCAAGAGGUAAUAGCAAGAGGAAGGUAUUAGCCAGGGACCUUGGAGAAAUUUCUCUCCCUUCUCACCACAGAUGGUGCUAUCCUGUUAUCUUGUUAAAAGAGUUUGAUCAAUUGCAUGUAUAUAUGUACAAGACAAUAAUAUGAGAGAU